AUGAGGAACUUUGGCGGUAUUGUGUCAUCUGCCCUCUCCUUCGGCGACAGAUCUCGCCAAGUUUCCUCCCUUGGCCUCAGUACUCUUUCUUUGGAGGAGCCUUCCCACGCUACCGCUCCUCCUUGGGCCGCUUCUCCUGUUGCCAUUGCUGGUCCCUCAGGAGGGUCUCCUCCUCCCUCCACCCCGCGCCGUAGGACACCCGCCUUCCGUCCUGGUGAGUCCCCGUCAUCCUCCGAUCAGGAGUCACUUGGCGCCGGGGACUUGGGGUCCAAAGAUCGACCCGACUUUGAUGAAGACGAUGAUGAUGAUGAUGAUGAUGAACCUGAGGUUGAGCGUGAGAGUGAGUUAGAGGUAUAUUUGGAUGACGAUGUGAGAGGAAACAUGAGCAAAGAGGAAGUCGAGGUAGAUGAUCAUGAGUCCUCUCAAGCCGUUGCUAACUUGCAGCCUUCCCCGCCCCUCCCCCUGCCCAAAUUGUGGGCAAGAAACGUCCCCGUUCUCUCUCCUCCUCCUCCUCCUCCUCCUCUUCUUCUUCUUCUUCCUCUUCCGCGGUUCUUCCCCCCGCCAACGCCAAUCGCUGUUGCUGCUGCCGCCGCCCCUGCCGCACCUGUCGCCUCUGCCGCCUCUCCCUGA